AUGCAGGUCGAGAAUUGCAUCUCGCCAGCCAGUGAUCUCUCCAAGAAAUUUAUGAAUGUGGGCAGUGGCUUUCCAAGCUCCGAUGGAUCUGAGCUCUCGUUGCAGGACCAUCCUAUUAUAUCUGCAAGUGACAACCUGGGGAGAAGUUCACCUCUGAAAAAAAACUCUAGGGAGAUGACGAAUCAGUCAGAGGCAGACAAUUUUCCUGACUCCAAGGACGCAUCAGGGGACGUCCAGAGGGGCAAACUCUCUCCUGAUCUUCACGGAGUCUCUGACAUCCGUCAUAAUUUCGAUGGAUCUGCAGGAGAAAGGUGUAUCUUUUCUCCAUCUACCCAGCCACAGUCAGUCUCAGCAGCUCCAAGUGCCAUGUUCCCUUAUCCGAGUCAACAUGGACCAGCGCACCCAGCUUUUUCUAUUGGAAGUCCGAGUCGCUACAUGGCCCACCACCCGGUCAUAACUAAUGGAGCUUACAACAGCCUUCUGACCAACACUUCUCCACAAGGCUACCCAGCGGCUGGCUACCCUUACGCACAGCAGUAUGGACACACUUACCAAGGAGCGGCUUUUUACCAGUUCUCCUCGGCGCAGGCUGGACUGGUCCCGGGGAAAGCCCAGGUGUAUCUGUGCAACAGGGCCCUGUGGCUUAAGUUUCACAGACACCAGACAGAGAUGAUCAUCACAAAGCAAGGGCGACGAAUGUUUCCUUUUUUAAGCUUCAACAUUUCUGGCCUUGACCCUACUGCUCACUACAAUAUAUUUGUGGAUGUAAUACUUGCUGAUCCCAAUCACUGGCGAUUUCAAGGAGGCAAGUGGGUGCCAUGUGGAAAAGCAGACACAAAUGUAACAGGAAACAGGGUGUACAUGCACCCGGACUCACCUAAUACCGGUGCGCACUGGAUGCGUCAAGAAAUAUCAUUUGGAAAGCUGAAGCUUACAAACAAUAAAGGUGCCUCCAACAAUACGGGGCAGAUGGUGGUCCUACAGUCUCUCCACAAGUACCAGCCCAGACUCCAUGUGGUGGAAGUAAACGAGGAUGGGACAGAGGACACCAGCCAACCAGGAAGAGUACAGACUUUCACCUUCUCAGAAACACAAUUCAUCGCCGUUACAGCUUACCAGAAUACCGACAUAACGCAACUGAAAAUUGACCACAAUCCAUUUGCAAAAGGAUUUCGGGACAACUAUGACACUGUCUACACAGGUUGCGACAUCGACCGCCUAACUCCAUCACCGGGUGACUCUCCGCGUUCACAGAUCGUGCCGGGUGCGAGAUAUGCCAUGCCUAGCUCUUUCCUGCAGGACCAAUUUGUCAGCACUUACGCCAAAUCUCGCUUUCACCCUGGCGUGGGGACUGGUCCUGGCACGGAGCGCAGCGUCCCACUCGGCAACAGCUUGCUAUCCCCGCAGCAAACCGAGGAGCCCACUGUUGCCACCCCCCCACAGCGAUGGUUUGUCACCCCUGCCAACAACCGACUGGACUUUGCUGCCUCGGCAUACGACGCCGCCGAUUUCGCCGGUAACGCGGCCACCUUGCUGUCCUACGCAGCGGCCGGAGUGAAGGCUCUUCCCCUGCCGGCUGCAGGCUGCUCCAACCGGCCUCUUGGCUAUUACGCAGACCCGUCAGGCUGGGGAGGACGCACGCCGCCGCAGUACUGUAGUGUAAAUAGUAAAUCGAGCUCGGUCUUUUCCUGCUGGCCCGCUAACUCUGUCGGCGGCAGAGCAGGCACCAACUACCUUGCCGAGGAGGGAGACGCUAUCCCUACAGAGAGGUCUCCGAUCGGCGGCUCAGAGGAGACCAAACCAAAAGACCUGACAGAGUCGAGCUGGAUAGAGACGCCGUCCUCCAUAAAGUCAAUCGAUUCAAGCGAUUCUGGUAUCUUUGAACAAGCGAAAAGGAGAAGAAUCUCGCCGUCUGCCACGCCGGUUUCAGAGACUGUGUCCCCGCUAAAAUCUGAGAUGUUGGCACCGAGGGAGUGUGAGAAAAAUUGCACAAAGGACAUUGGUUACUAUAGUUUCUAUCCUCACAGUUAAAGAAACGGUGUGAAACUGUCUGUCUGACUUUCUAUCUAUCUGUCUAUCUAUCUAUCUAUCUAUCUAUCUAUCUAUCUAUCUAUCUAUCUAUCAUUCAAAAACAAAAAAAAAGGAAUGGACUGUCAUCUUCACGGUUCAUGGCCAAAGUGUAAAUUCUUCCACCACUGACUAAUCAGCUGGGAGUUUGGACUCUUUAUUGGUUCUAUACUUUUUAGUCAGAAAACGCUGUAAUUAUGAAUAUAAUGUACAUAAUAUUUACCAUUUGGUGAUAGUGAAUGGAUGUACACAACUGCAUUGAAUUUGAUUUCUAAGUAGAUCUACGACUUAUUUGAUAGUGUUGAAGACGCAAACCCUAUUCUGUUAAGUAGCCUAAAAUGUUAGUAAAAAGAUAUUGAGAAUCUAUACAUAAUAUGUCCUUGUGUAGCAUAUACUGGCAUAAUAAUCUCUGUCAGUGAAAAAAAAUGUAUUUUGUACUUUAUCACAGUUGUAGGCUACCCAAAUGUUAAAGUUGACGACAUAACCAUAAUAUGAUCAGUUCUAAAUUCAUAAUAGAUGUGGUUAAAGAAUUUAUCAAUGUUGAUAAUGUAGACUUAGCAUCAUUUUUAUUUGAACUGGUUAUUUUUC